AUGGCGACCUUCAUCUAUUUCAUGAUCUACAACCUCAUGCUAACGUCCACGAAGCUUGCUGUGCUUAUUUGGACCGACUCCACGUUUUCCGAAUGGCAGUUCAUCCUUACCGAUGUGGCUCUGGCUAUGGGCAUGGUGUCGUUCAUGGUGCGCUGCCGGCCCGAAGCCAAAUUGGCACCCUCAGCUCCUAGCGCCUCGCUCUUCGGAACGCAGGCCGUCGUGUCCAUCUUCAGCGCUCUGGUCAUCUACUGGUUCACUGCUGGCAUUGCUCUGCUGCUCCUUCAGUAUGGGCCUGGGCGUGCCUUCUACGAGUUCACUUCCUCCAUAGUCUCGGAGAUCCCGCUCAACGAGUGGACCAAAAAGUCUGACAACUACCUCAUAGCGACUUUGUUCUUGGUAAGCUUCACAGUGCUGAUCACCUCUGGCUUCAUGCUCUGCUAUGGCCAUGUGCACCGUCAGUCGGUGGGUAAGAACUGGAGGAUCUGUAGCUUCUACGCGGCGGGCCUCGCAUUCACGCUGGCCCUGACCUGGGCAAAGCCUGGAGAUUUCAGCUGCAUUUUCCGCAUCAACUGCGACAACGACGCAUCCACGAAGAUGCAGGUUCCUUUGAUAAGCAGACCGGUGGCGGGUGUGAUUUUCUCUUGCGGCAAUGUGGGCGGCUGCUUCCUCGGCCCGCAGAUGGUCAACUGCAAGAGCAAG